AUCAACAAUGGAUAAUCGUACUAUAACAUUUACGGAUCUUUCUAAUUAUCUUUUGAACUUAGAUAGUUCAAGUUCAAAAUUAGAUGAGCUUGUGGAUAGGCGAACUAAAGGAUGGCUUCUUGUUGAUUCUUAUACUGAAGUUUUAGGAUGUAUUGGAUUCUAUUAUUUAAUUGUAUUAAUUGGUCCAAAUUUAAUGAAAAAUCGAAAACCUUUUCAACUGAAAUUUUUAAUGAUAAGUUAUAAUUUUUUGAUGUGUUUGCUUAAUUUGUACAUAUUUCUUGGAAUAUUUCUAACAACAAGGAAAUUAAAUUAUAGUUAUGUUUGUCAACCAUAUAGAGAAAUAUUUAGUGAGGAAGAAAUCUUUUUAGCGAAAUUAACAUGGUGGUUUUAUAUAUCAAAAAUAAUUGAAUUUUGUGACACAUUCUUCUUUAUAUUAAGAAAAAAGGAUAAACAACUUUCAUUUUUGCAUAUAUUUCAUCAUAGUACAAUGUUUCCAAUAUGGUGGAUAGGAACAAAAUGGGUUCCAACUGGAUCAAGUUUUUUCCCAGCAAUGGAAAAUUCAUUUGUUCAUGUUAUAAUGUAUUUAUAUUAUGCAUUAGCAGCUUUUGGCAAGAGAUUUGAAAAAUAUCUUUGGUGGAAAAAAUACUUAACUCUAUUACAGCUUAUUCAAUUUGUUAUUGCGGCUCUUUAUUCAAUCAGAUUGCUAUUAAUAAAUUGUGAUUAUCCCUUAUGGAUUAGCUAUACUCAAUUAAGUUAUAUGAUUAUAUUUUUAUUUUUAUUUGGAAAAUUUUAUAUUUCAUCUUAUAUAAAAGCGAAAAAAUCAAAUAAAGUUCAAUAAAUCAAAAUAAGUAUGUAUUUUGGCUUCGAGGCGAUAAAUGUUUUCCUGGAAUUGUGGUAUAUGCAUUUAUAUAAAAUACUGUAAUUAUUUUGUAACUAGUUAUGUAUAUUAUGUAUAUUGAGAUUAGAAAAUAAAUUUUUUUUUUUUUUUGCAUA